CUGGAGCGGGGUUUGAGUCCGGUUUCCCGGUCCGUUCCCGGUUGGUACACCUGACCAUUGGCGCCGCUGGGACAGGCAAUGUCCCUGCCACGCACCUGUGACCCAAGACUCAUGACCAAGGACCCAGGUUAUGCUGUCUUUCUCUCCUAGUUGUCUUCUUCUCCCUGGCCAGGUUGGAAGUAGUGCAACGUUUCCCGCAAACUACAGUUGCACACUUAGGACUUGCACCACGACACCCAACUGUUGAUUCUUCGACGAGUGUUUCUGAGUUCUGAUCAUCCACCUCAACAUCGCCAACCCGCUGACUCCCAAUGGAGAAAUCCAAUGCGGUAGAGUCCGGUGACUCCGGUCAUAGCUCUGACAUGCCUGACAAAACACAAAGCAAUGCGGGCUCGCCGAUCGUCGGAGAGUCCUUCCCGCUCAUGGAUCUUGAGAGGAACGUGGUAGGCUGGGAGUCCGAGACAGAUCCGUUGAAUCCCAGGAACUGGUCAAACUGGAAAAAAACCUACUUAAUGAUACUCAUGGGAAUCAUAUCAACCCUAAGCCCCCUAGCCUCGUCUCUGGUCGCCCCGGCCAUACCUCUCACACUGGAAGAACUCAACGAGACGUCCCUGGUACUGGGCUCGUUCAUGGUCACGAUCUACAUCCUGGGAUUUGCCGUCGGACCUCUGUUCCUCGGACCCCUGAGCGAGCUGUACGGGCGCUAUCCCGUAGUCAUCUUGUCGACUUGGACCUUCAACGCCUGGGUCUUGGGAAGUGCCUUGGCACCCAACAUGUCAGGGCUCAUCGUGAUGCGCUUUCUUGCAGGCGUCGGAGGCUCGGGUGUCAUGACUCUGGCUCCCGCCAUCAUUGCGGAUGUGUACCCGGUCGAACAGAGGGCCGCUACGACCUCCUUGAUCGUCAUGGCCCAGUCGGUCGGGCCGGCGCUUGGCCCGAUAUGUGGCGGAUUCAUUGCCCAGGAACUGGGUUGGCGUUGGACCUACUGGGUUCUGUUAAUCGCUUCGGCUUCCGUCACCGUAUUGAUGACCUUCUUCAUGCACGAGUCGUAUGCUCCCAGACUGCUCGAGAAAAAGGCCCAACGGUUGCGAAAAGAGACUGGCCGAGAUGACCUUCGCACGGCGUUGGACCAAAAUUUAACUAGCACGCAGCUUCUGGCCAGAAGCAUCAUCAGACCUACUCAGCUGUUGACAAUGUCACCCAUUGUCAUUCUUAUUUGUUCAUAUGUGUCGACGAUUUAUGGCUUCAUGUACCUCUGGUUUACCACAAUCCCAACUGUCUUCCAGGAGACGUAUGGGUGGCCGACCAGUUACGUUGGACUUGCAUAUACCCCGAUGGCCGUAGGAAUGAUUCUGUCUCUAUUCCUCAUCAUGAAAACAAACGACGCCACUGUGAUCAAACUCACGAAGAAGAACAACAACGUUUACGAGCCCGAGAUGCGGCUUCCUGCAAGUAUUUACUACGCGGCUUUUGUCCCCGUCUCGCUCUUUUGGUACGGCUGGGCCGUUGAAAAAAAAGCACACUGGGCUGUGACUGUCGUCGGUAUGCUUCCUCUCGGCUUCGGUAUGGUCGGCAUCUUCCUGCCUUGCCAGACGUAUCUAGUGGAUGCGUUUGGCAUCUACUCUGCCUCCGCCGUUGCGGCCUCUAGGACCUUCAUGUCCUUCUUCGGAGCUUUUUUCCCGUUGGCAGGGCCCCCAUUAUACGAGGCGCUCGGAGCUGGUGUCGGAAACACCGUUUUAGGACUCAUCGCUCUCGUGAUGACGCCGAUUCCCAUGCUUCUUUAUAAGUACGGCGGCAUGAUACGUCGGCGGUAUCCUGUCAAACUGUGACUUGAGCUCGGUGAUACGGUCUGUGGUGCCAAACAUGGAUGCAAAGUCUUGCAGGAUCAUAGGAUAGAAACUUGGAAGCGGAUAGAUCAAAAUAGUAAGUGGAUUGAUUGACUUUAACAUGCUAGAGAUAGAAGUAGCCGAAUACGUCCUAUGGCUGAGAAGUACGAAGUCAUAUAACAUAAUGAAUCCCAAGGGCAAGCCGAGAAUCUCAUUGUUCUUCC